AUGAUUAUGUACUUUACUAUUUUAUUGUUUUUAUUUUACAUUUUAGAGCUUAAAAAUUCUUUAAAAAUGCCAGCACAGGACGAAAUUUUUCGAAAUAUUCGCGUAGUUGCCCAAGGUUUGGAUGCAUUGCGAGAUGAGCAUGAAGCAAUAAAAAACAAGCUGACUGGUGGUCUUGAUCUGCUUACGCCGGAUGAGCGUCAAUUGAUUGACGAGAAAACAUCAAUUGUUGAUAGGAAUUUGGAGAAUAUACUUUUAGGCGUUGAGGAGGCUCAGGUCAUGGUUGCACUUGCUUCACAUUUUCAAAAUUUGGAGGCUGACAAGCAAAAGUAUAAAGCUCAAGUGCGUCGUCUUUGUCAAGAAAAUGCAUGGAUUCGUGAUGAGGUUUCUUAA